CUUUUCUUUUUAAACACAUUUCUUUUCUAUAUAAUCAUAUUAAUUUUAUUUCUACUGAGAGUUUGGCAAUUCUCUUAACCCAAACUCAAAUUCCUCCUUUCUUGUUCAUGGAUUUUCAAGCUCUUCUCAUAAUUCUCAUUGUUCUCUUCAUAAGUUCAUUUGUCAUCGUCGAAUCAACAGAACUCUCUCUUGCCUAUUAUCGCAAAACAUGUCCGGAAUUUGAGAAAAUCAUUCAUGACAACAUUGAAUCAAAACAAUUAUUACAUCCCCUUAAUGCACCAGCCACUCUCCGUCUCUUCUUCCAUGAUUGCAUGGUCGAGGGUUGUGAUGCCUCUAUACUAAUAUCUCCAAAUCAAGCCAAGGACACUGAACGUGAUGCUGACAUUAACCAUUCCCUCGUAAGUGAUGCAUUUGAUGUUGUUGCUAGUGCCAAGACUACUCUUGAGAAAUCUUGCCCUGGCAUUGUCUCUUGUGCUGACAUCCUUGCUCAGACAACUAGGGACCUUGUCACCAUGGUUGGUGGCCCUUUUUAUAAGGUCCUACUUGGACGUAAGGAUAGCCUAGUGUCUAAAGCUUCGAGUGUAGAAGGAAACAUUCCAAGGCCGAAUCAAAGUAUGGACCAACUCAUCAAAAUUUUUGCAAGGAAAGGUCUUACAAUCUACGACAUGGUGGCAUUAAAUGGUGCCCACACCAUUGGAUUCUCGCAUUGCAAAGAGUUCUCCGACCGAUUGUUCCAUUUCAACAAAACCACUCCCACCGAUCCUGAUCUUAACCCCUUAUUCGCAAGCGCAUUGAAGAUUACAUGCGAAAAAAUUGUAGACCUAGGAGUCUCAGUUGUUAAUGAUCUGGAAUCACCAACAACCUUUGACAAUGUGUACUACAAAAGCUUGAGCAAAGGUUUGGGGCUUUUAAAGUCCGAUAAUGCUUUGUUAAAGGAUCCAAGGACAAAACCAAUUGUCUUAUCAUUUGCAGCUGAUCAAACAUUGUUCUUUCGUGCAUUUUCUAGAGCAAUGGAGAAGUUAAGUAUCUAUAAUGUCAAGACUGGCCAACAGGGACAGAUCAGGAGAGUUUGUGAUGCUUUUAACUAA